CGGCAAACCGUUACUGCUCUUCUCGAGAUGAAGGAGGAGUGUGUGUGCGUGAUGAUGAUGAUGAAGAUGACGAGGCGUCUCUGUUAAUGAUGGAUGACGGGAACAGACGCGAGCGGAUCAGACCUGCACACACACACCUGGAUGAAGACAGCUGUCCUGCUGAACGAGGUCCUAAAGGUUGCAUCAGUGCAGGAGAUGUUGUGCACGCUCCUCCUCGUCCACUGCGUGUUAAGCCAGGAUGUAAAGGACCCGCCGUCAACAGAGACCUCAAACCCGGGAGACUGCCCAAGAGCUCCUCAGAUGGGCGAUUGGAGUUGAUGGGAUCUGCUGACAGGGCUGUCACAGUCCCACAGAGGCCGGUGAGAUCAUUACCCAGAGAUCACCUGCGUUUACCGCCUCUACCAGUACAGACCAUCCCUAACUAUCCAAACCAGUUUGAUGAGUCUCCUCCAUCCAGACCAGCACCAGAACCAGCGUCACCGCAAACCAGAUCACACAACAGCAGACCAGCAUGGACACAAUCCAGUCCGAGUGAGCGAGAGAAUGUUAAAACACCAUCAUCUGCAAGUCACACGUCUCACAGGUUUUCUCUGGAUCUGGACUCUCAGGAUUUGGACAGCUCCUGUGAGAGCGAGAAGAGCUCGUUCGAUUCACUCGCGAGGAAGCAGCAGCAUCACGAAUGGCCUCCUGCUAAAGGAGAAACCGACGGCAGCUUCACCAACCACAGCAAACCUGCGCAGGGAUUGGCGGAUCAGAACUGGUAUGUUGGUGCGGUUAGUCGCGUGGACGCUGAACACGCUCUUCACCUGGUCAACCAGGAAGGAGCCUUUCUAGUGCGCGACUGCUCGAAGAACACUACCUAUGAGCCCUUGGUCCUCGCUGUGUUUUACGACAAAAGAGUGUUUAACAUUCAGAUCCGCUUCAGUGAUGAAAUCAGCAAAUACACUCUGGGAACGGGCCUGAGAACCAAUGACAGGUUUGACUCGGUCACUGACAUCAUCAAGUUCCACUCCAUUUUUCCCAUCGUUCUCAUCGACGGCCGGACAUCCUCCGCGCCCGCCAAUUUAUAA